AUGAGGAUAGUUUUAUUGCUGGUGGGACUGAUGUCCUUACUGGUUCAGGGAUCUCUGGCCUCGGAUUACUUUUCAUCCAUUACGGGUCUGGAGGAACUUUUGCAUACGGAGGAGUAUCUCACAAAGGAACUGAGGCUAAAGGUCAAUGGCAUCAGGACAUUACUGGAACAAUUAGAGGGAGAGCUGUCCUCCAUCGAAAGGGAGCACUCCAUGGCUGCCGGGGAUACGGAGAACUAUCUGACCAAUCCGGUGAAUGUGUACCGCCUGAUGAAGCGCCUCCACACGGACUGGUUCUUGAUGGAGGGACGAGUUCAGCUGAUGGCCGAGGAAAUGAACUUCAAUGCAACUCGCGAGUACGGACUGAGUUUUCCCAGCCAGGAGGACGUGGAGGGGGCUGCCCUGGCCCUUGUUCGCCUGCAGAGCACUUACAAGUUGGACGUGGCCCAGGUGGCUGCCGGAAUCCUGAAUGGCGUCAAAUACGGCUCGGACAUGAGCUGGCAGGAUUGCUUCGAGCUGGGUCAACAACUCUUUGAAAUGGAGGACUACAACAACACCAAGGUCUGGCUACGGGAAUCGAUGGAGCGCUUGCGACGUCACAGCAGCCACGCCCACACCCACUCGACGCCCACCAGCGGACCGGAUGCCGUUACCCUCAACAAAAUGGAGGCGACGGCCAAGAGUUUGUUCCAAAUGGGCGACUUCGAUACGGCUUACGAACUGAGCCAACGGGUCCUCCAGUUCGACCCCAAACGAAUAAGGAACUGGCAUCUCGGAGACAAAGGAACGGCUCACCAAGAGGAAAUCGAUGAUGUCUACCUGCCCAAGCACUCGGAUACCUACAACCUGUCCCAGGAGUUCGCCCAGUACGAGAAGGUGUGCCGCGGAGAGGUCAAUCCUGUUCCUCGCAAGGAACUCCGCUGUCGUUAUAGCCGGGGUCACCAUCCAUACCGCCUUUUGGCGCCGCUCAAGCUGGAGGAGCACAGCCUGGAUCCCUAUGUGGUGACCUUCCACGACAUGCUGAGUGGCCGGAAGAUCUCACAGCUCCGGGAAAUGGCCGUCCCGCGCAUGCGUCGCUCUACAGUGAACCCUCUUCCAGGGGGACAGCACAAGAAGUCCUCGUUCCGGGUGAGCAAAAAUGCCUGGCUGGAGUACGAAUCGCAUGCGACCAUGGUGGGGAUGCUCCGGGACCUGAAGGACGCCACGGGACUGGACACUACCUUCUGCGAGCAGCUCCAAGUGGCCAACUACGGCGUGGGUGGCCACUACGAACCGCACUGGGACUUCUUCCGGGACCCCAGUCAUUAUCCUGCAGAGGAGGGCAACCGCAUCGCCACUGCCAUAUUUUAUCUGUCGGAUGUGGAGCAGGGCGGGGCCACCGCCUUCCCCUUCCUGGACAUCGCCGUUAAGCCGGAGAUGGGCAACGUCCUCUUCUGGUACAACCUGCACCGCUCCCUGGACAUGGACUACCGCACCAAACACGCCGGCUGUCCCGUGCUCAAGGGCAGCAAGUGGAUUGGCAACGUUUGGAUUCACGAGGUCACGCAGACCUUUGCCCGACCCUGCGACGUUUUCCGGGAUCACGAGGUUUCGCUGGAGUACGAGAUAAUCAAAUAAAGAUUGUGGCUGUGAUAGUCGAGUUAA